GGAGGAGGGGUGAAGUGGGCGGUCUCUGAGGGAACAGGUGUUUAAAGAGAGGACAGGUGAGCUCCAAGGCAGCCACAGCAGGUCUCGGAGCGGUGGUCCAUCUACAUUCUCACCUGUCCAGUCAUUAACAGCCUAUAAAGAUGAUCAAAGCAGUCUUGUCUAUGCUCUUGGUCCUGGUGGUCGUGUCCUCCACCUUCGCCAAAUACAUCCCGAAGAGUGGAAAGAGGGUCCCCCAGACUUUGUCAAGAGGGUGGGGUGAUCAGCUGAUUUGGGCACAAACCUAUGAAGAGGGUCUGUACUGGUCCAGGUCAAGGAACAAGCCACUGAUGGUCAUCUUUCACCUCCCAGACUGCCCACACAGCCAGGCCCUCAAGAAGGUGUUUUCUGAAGACAACGAGAUCCAGAAAAGCCUUGAUGAAGAGUUCAUUGUCCUUAAUCUGAUGUAUGAAACCACAGACAAGCAUCUCUCUCCUGAUGGGCAGUAUGUUCCCAGGAUCCUUUUUGUCGAUCCCACAAUGACAGUGAGAGCUGACAUCACUGGUCGCUACGCCAACCGCAUGUAUGCCUAUGAACCAAGUGACAUCAAACUCUUGACUACCAACAUGGCCAAGGCUAAGAAGCUCCUCAAGUCUGAACUGUGAGCACCAAGACCUGACUAUGAUCUACACUCUCCUGUCACCACAGGUGUCGAUAACGUGCUGUCAUUACAGUUUACACUUGUAAAAAUAAGCACUGGAAUGUUUCUUCUCUUCCCCUUCCCAAGUUUACUCCCCGGAUUCCUUUCCUGAUCCUUGUCUUUGUUCUUAUUGUUCCCGAGUGUCUUUUGAAUAAAUAUCAAAUUGUUCAUACACAUCA